AUUUCCCCACCUUAGUUGAGUUCUCAGGCGAACUUCGCCAAGAGUUCCUGCCGACAUUUUCCACACACAACCUCAACCACACACCACGAUCACCGACCUGCCAUUCACAAUUGUACGUUUACCUCGACCAAACCACCCGUUUGACCGCGUGCAGAACGCUCCAUCUAUUUGAAGUGCUGACAGAUUCUGCUGCAGAAAAAUCCCCAUCUCUCUCCCUCAAAUUUACCCACCUCCGGCUUCCCCACGGAAGUCAAAACAACCGCAAUCAUGGAUAUGGAAAAGUUGAGAAGAAUGCAGCAGUCGGCGCGUAUUGGUACGUUGAAUCUCUGCAGAUUUUCUGGUUUCAAGAAGCUUGAAACCUCCCCCAAAAAAAAGCUUCAAAGAGAGCUUCAAGCGCACCUGAAUAUCAGCAGCUAACAUAAUUUCUAGGGUAAGUGCGACCUUUUUUUUUCCGGGCAAAAUUACCUUCCGCGACCACGGCGCAAGAUUCAGAGUCGAUCUAAAAUUCAAACUUGAUGCUGACGGGUUGGAAAUAGUGGAAAGGGAACACCAAGAAGAAAGGUCAAGAAGGUGCACAAGAGCCAGGGAGUGGACGACAAGAAGCUACAAACCACCCUUAAGAAGCUCAACGUCCAGCCCAUCCAAGCAAUUGAGGAGGUCAACAUGUUCAAGCAAGACGGAAAUGUCAUCCACUUCGCCGCUCCUAAGGGUAAGGCUCGCGAACUCUCCCACAUACCCGAGUCUCCCAAGUCCGAGUUUCGCAAGUAUUCGAGCUAAUUCUAUGCGCGCACAGUUCACGCCGCCGUCCCAUCAAACACAUUUGCUGUUUACGGUAAUGGAGAAGACAAGGAGCUCACCGAACUCGUCCCUGGUAUCCUCAACCAGCUCGGCCCCGACUCGCUCGCAUCGCUCAGAAAGCUCGCGGAAAGCUACCAAUCCAUGCAAAAGGCUGAGAGUGAGAAGAAGGAAGGUGAAGACGAUGACGACGAUAUCCCAGACUUGGUCGCAGGCGAGAGCUUCGAGGACAAGGUCGAAUAAAGAAAGUGUGUUCCGCCAAAUCAAAAAAGGAAAUAUGGAUUUUUUAUUGCGCAUGGAACGGGAGCUUUGAGAUCUUUUUUAAGGGCUUAUGCUACAUAACAGCGGAAAUCUACUUGUCGGUUUUCAAAGCAUGGAGAGAACAUCAGGCCAGUUCUAUGAUAGUCUAUGGUUGCUUGCUUGUACAAAUGAAUUCAUGCGGCUUCUCAUAGUCUUCCCCCAAAUUUGGUUUACCAAUGGCCUCCCCUCUUCUUUAGAUGAGAUAUGCAAGAAUUUUCAAGAAACUAUUCAGAUUAGGGAGACUAGAUUUGAAUCGCUGUGAUAAAUGAUAGACCCUUUAUGAAA